ACGACGACGGACGACGACGGACGAAAACAGAUAGCAAUAGGUCACUUGAGCUAAAGCUCAGGUGACCUAAAAAUACAGUUGUGGGUUACAAAGUAUACUUAAUAACUGAAUGAAUAGAAUAUACAUGUGGUUUAGAAAUACAAUGGUUUGUGGGUCUGUAGUAAGCUGCCAUGAUAAAGAUAGGAUUCCCAGUGACUUUAAUUCUUAUAAUGAAACACUGAUAUAAUUUGCACCUGUUACACAUUUUUCUACAAUAAACUGAAGUCAACAAACUGAAUUUAUCAAUUCUCAACCUAAUACUUCAAAUAAUCUUUAAACACAAACAUACCAAUUUGAUGACCAUGAAGCCAAUAUGUAAGCUAUUUCCCCAUUCAUGCUCCAGGAAUACUUCAAUCGAAACAAUCUUAUCAAAUGCAAAUGUUUUUGUGGGGAAAAGUAGUAAAACAAGCCAUUUACUGCAACCUAGCAAAUCUGCACAGGACACACAGCAUUUACCAUGAAUAGAUUAAAACUAAGACUAGUUUUGUUCUGAGUUGAUGUCAUUUCCAGCAAUAUCAUUGAAUUCUAAACAACCUCUAAUCUCAGUAACAAUACAUAAAUUCAAUUUUGCAUGAAAUGUUAUCCUUUUAAGAAAGUGAAUACAACUUGAUAAUUUGUGAUUAUUUUUAUUUAUAUGUUAAUAGAUUUACAAGGUAACGACCAUGUGAUACCAAUCAUUCAUUUUGUAUGUUACUCUGGGUAUUGCUCUCUCUCUAUCUUGCCCCCCUCCCUUCUCUCUCUCUCUUUCUCUUCUCUCUCUCUUUCUUGCUCUUACAUAACAUCAGACACAUACACAUAGAAGAAUCACUAUAUUACGUGAGCAUGGUUAAUACAUAUCUACAAAACAUUAUGUAAUAACAAAUAUAUAAUACCACCUUCCACAUUAAAGGUAAAACACUCCAUCCCUGUCUGUUGACAUUUCAUAUACAAUGUACAUACAGUGUUUGCCCUUGUAUACAAUGUACAUACAGUGUUUGCCCAUGUAUACAAUGUACAUACAGUGUUUGCCCGUGUAUACAAUGUAAAUACAGUGUUUGCCCAUAUAUACAAUUUACUUACAUCGUAGUUGAUCAAAUACAUCAUAACACAUUGCAUGCUUAUACAAUGCUUUUACAUAAUAGUUUUUCAAAAACAAUGUAAUGUAGUUUACAUCUAUUUAUGUAAUGUAUUUCCAUUGUAGUUGUUUAGAUACAAUAUAUUGAGCGCGAAUAUUCAUACAUUGAUGUUUUCUAUCUACUUUAAUGAACAUACAAUGUAAUCUUUAAUAAACUAUUUACUAUGUACCAAAUUGGUGAUAUUUUUUUUCAUUAACAAACAUUGUAUUUUCAAGCACAGGACUGUACAUACAUUGUAUAUUUUUAUUAAUGGAGAGGUUAUUUUCCUUUUACAUAAAUUGUGAUUUUACAUAACAUCAUACAUACAUUAUAAUUGUUUAUGUAUACAUAUAUAUUGUAAUCAGUUUGGCUUGUAAACAAUACAAAAUAUAAAUAUAUAAAUUUUCACAACAUUGAAGGCAGUUGUUUUCUGACAGUGUAUUUCUCAUUAUGUUAUAAUAUCCUUUUAUCUUUGAACAAAAUUAUAUCAAUAUUUAAUUUGAAAUGAUUUAUAGUGCAUUCUCAUUUUUUUCAUCUGUUUUCAUUUGUUUCAUUAAUGCAACAUAAUUUGAUCAGUUAUAUUAACCUGAUAUUAAAAAGAAAACUUCUUCUAAACUCUCAAUAUAUCAUGAAUAUUUUUAAUACAAUUAGACAAACAAUCUCAUGCCUUGAUUCAACUAAAAUAUAACAGUUCUAAUUUCAAAAUAAUCUUAGGAUGCAAAUACUUUUUGAAAAAUAAAUAAAAAAUAUCUUGUUAGUGAUGUACUUUUUUUGUCGUAUAACUCAUGUGAACGCCCCUCUAGCCAAGUUCUGGCUUGGACCAGGAAGGGAGAUAACCCAUGUGAACGCCCCUCUAGCCAAGCUCUGGCUUGGACCAGGAAGGGAGAUUACUCAUGUGAACGCCCCUCUAGCCAAGUUCUGGCAUGGACCAGGAAGGGAGAUAACUCAUGUGACCACCCCUCUAGCCAAGUUCUGGCUUGGACCAGGAAGGGAGCUAACUCAUGUGAACGCCCCUCUAGCCAAGUUCUGGCUUAGACCAGGAAGGGAGAUAACUCAUGUGAACACCCCUCUAGCCAAGUUCUGGCUUGGACCAGGAAGGGAGCUAACUCAUGUGAACGCCCCUCUAGCCAAGUUCUGGCAUGGACCAGGAAGGGAGAUAACUCAUGUGCACGCCCCUCUAGCCAAGUUCUGGCUUGGACCAGGGAGGGAGAUAACUCAUGUGAACACCCCUAUAGCCAAGUUCUGGCUUGGACCAGGAAGUGAGAUAACUCAUGUGAACGCCCCUCUAGCAAAGUUCUGGCUUGGACCAGGAAGGGAGCUAACUCAUGUGAACGCCCCUCUAGCCAAGUUCUGGCAUGGACCAGGAAGGGAGAUAACUCAUGUGCACGCCCCUCUAGCCAAGUUCUGGCUUGGACCAGGAAGGGAGAUAACCAAGUAGUCCUAUAAUAUGAUCUGGUCUAGUUUAUAUGUUAGUCUGUAACAUUAUAUUACCUGUGUCUAUAUCAUAUUACCUCUUAUAUACUAGUAACCUCAAAAGGCUUUACAGCAGAGCAAUACUCCAUUUCCAGAUUGAACCAUUAGAAUACACGUCUAACUUCUAUGUAACAAGUCAAAGAACGUUGAUGUCCACCUAUCGUAUUGUGUGUGGUAUUUGACAUGUGCUAUAAACACACUGAAGAACACUGACUGUAAAAUACAGUAAAGACAGAAGCAGGAGCUGUAUCACAUUUUACAGAAGAACAAUUGCAUAAAAGCUGUAAACACACGUUGGACAAAUAUAUCAUGAAUGAUGACAUAAUUUUUCAAAAUGGAAAAAAACAUGAGAAUGUCAAAGUAAAAAUGAACUAUCUACAAGUAAACUUAAUCAAACUUCAGAAUCAAAACGUUAUUUUGAAAAUCUUCAAAGUUCAGUAGAGUAUAAUUUUGUGACCAGAGUGAUUUUUGAAGAUGCUACAUAUAAAAUAUAAAACUGACCUUCAUUUACUUUUUUAUGACACUCAAUACAGAUGUCUCAAUAAAUACUACACACUCCAACUGACUAAAUAUUCUUACAUUAUCAAUAUUGGUAAAUUUUCAAGGUUUCAUUCAUGCAGACAUUUUUGUAAACCAAUUCUUCUAAAGCAAAAAAACAUGCGGAACAAUGAUAAGAAAUCUUCAAAAAAACACGACCUAAAUUUAUUUGGAGGCUUGGCUGCAUAUCUGACCAGCAUGGAAUGGAAUAAAGACUAAACUUGCCUUAGUUCAAGGUCAUGUGCUUAAGCACUUAUAAGUACAAUACAUACACAUGUACAUUACGGUAAACUACACAUGUACAUUACGGUAAACUACACAUGUACAUUACAGUAAACUACACAUGUAUAUUACGGUAAACUACACAUACAUACUAGGAUUAACUCAGCAUAUUCAAAUUUUCAUGUGAAAUUUUCCUUUUAUUCUGACUGUUCAUGAUUUCUAUUUUUUUUUUAAUUUUCUAGGAAAGACAGCAUUUAGGUAGGUAAAAUCUGAAAGACUACAUUUUAGUGUCUUUAAAAAAUCUUCAAUAAAAAAUAUUUUGACUACAAAAUCUCUUAUUUAUGAUAAUAAAAUGUUUUUUAAAAAUUAUAUAUUUUUAUAAGCACUUUCAAGUGAAUUGUUUUGGUUAAACAUUAAAAUUGUAGGCCUAAUAACCUGUUAACAAGAAGAAAAAAACUUUGAAACAUCAAUGUCAUUUUAAAAUAUGUAUGAUAAACAUGGCACAUGGCAUGAGGUCAAGGAUUGCAUGGAAACUGGGCAUGCAUAGAUAAAUUGUACAGUACAUGUACAUAUAUUUAAUUGAACACCUGGAAAUCAAUGGUUCAGACAACCCAUCUAAGGUAUGAGGAAUACCCUUUAACCCUCUUGGGCAGCAGAGUAAUACAAAUUGUAAGCUAGUGUCACCAUAUGUAUGAGAAACAAAAUAAACAAGCGAAAUCAACACAGCACAAACAAAACUACAACAAAGUUGACAAUGUUUUUCCCGAUAUUAUGCUUGGUCAUCCCAAUGACUUCCUUCCCUUGCGAUAUAUUCUACAGUUACCAUAGUAAUAGUGUUAUGACUAUCCCAAUGACUUCCUUCCCUUGUGAUAUUCUACAGUUACCAUAGUAGUUGUGUUAUGACUAUCCCAAUGAAUUCCUUCCCUUGUGAUAUUCUACAGUUACCAUAGUAGUUGUGUUAUGACUUUCCCAAUGACUUCCUUCCCUUGCAAUAUAUUCUACAGUUACCAUAGUAGUUGUGUUAUGACAAUUCAAGAAUGUUAAUUAGAUAAUACUAUACACAUUAUGGCAGCAAUGUGAGAAACGAGAUGUUCUGUUUCACAAUGCAAUUAUUGAUAAUUUAUGUAGAGAGACACAAUAUUAUAUACCUGGUACAUUCCAUCUUCAGGAUGUUACAACUAGAUAUGAUACUAAAUUGCAAAAUUCUGUAUUUAUUACAAUUAUAUGUAGUCUGCAUUUCCUUUAACUGUGUUAUUUCUUGUGGCAUGUUAUUUUAUGUGACAGUAGUGCUGUCAGCUUUAAGCAGUUUGACUAAGUAUUACCGAAGGUUAUUGUUUGUCAUAGCUUUCUUUAUUGAUAACUAGAAAUUCUUUACAAAUGUUAUCUCACUUUAUACAGCUAUCUCAGAUUUAAUAAUUCUGACAUAGCAAAGUGAAAUGAUUUUUUUUACCAGAGAAAAUCUGAGAA